AGGGAUUGGCAGAGAGGGAUGGAGGACACUGAGUGGAGGCCAGUGGAGGGAUUGGCAGAGAGGGGUGGAGGACACUGAGUGGAGGCCAGUGGAGGGAUUGGCAGAGAGGGAUGGAGGACACUGAGUGGAGAGAAGGAUGGAGGACACUGAGUGGAGGGAUUGGCAGAGAGGGGUGGAGGACACUGAGUGGAGGGAUUGGCAGAGAGGGGUGGAGGACACUGAAUGGAGACCAGUGGAGGGAUUGGCAGAGAGGGUGGAGGACACCGAGUGGAGGCCAGUGGAGGGAUUGGCAGAGAGGAGUGGAAGACACUGAAUGGAGACCAGUGGAGGGAUUGGCAGAGAGGGAUGGAGGACACUGAAUGGAGACCAGUGGAGGGAUUGGCAGAGAGGGGUGGAGGACACUGAAUGGAGACCAGUGGAGGGAUUGGCAGAGAGGGAUGGUGGACACUGAGUGGAGGCCAGUGGAGGGAUUGGCAGAGAGGGGUGGAGGAC